AUGUCAAUUCUACCAUUUGCGAUUGUCCUAAUGAGCCUUAUUUGCAUGAGACUCCAGUCGACCAAUGAACCAUUCUCAGGAGUGCCCCAUUUGAAGAAGAUUGUCCAUGAAAUGGGUGGUUCCAGCGUCAACAAUACAACCACUCAAUUCGAAAUACGGCCGUCACUUCACACAUCACAUUCAAUAGCGUCCUUUCCUGCCAUGGUCACGCCGUCAGAGCCGGACGUUGUGUAUCCAGGAUCAGAUAAUAUCGACCACAUCAACUGUUCAGCUUCUAUUCCAGUUUCAGGUCGGCUGAACACACUGUGGCAUAUUCAAAUCAAUCAAACCUCGGCCUCCAGCUUAGAGCACGAUCAUAUUGGCGCGAGUUUCUGGAACUCAAAUCAUGGCGCCCGAGUUAUGAGCAGGCAGAAUUUGUCACUGAUCUUGAUCUUUCUGUUAAUGAUUCCGGCAAUAGCAUCAGUCUCCACAUGGUACUCUCAAAGGAAAUGUGUUCAAGUUGCCAACAUUGAAAUUCUUGAUUUUAUCAAUGACAUUCGGGCUCGGAAAACAUUUCUUAUGGAGAGGCUGAGUUCCGCGGUUUGGACAUUGAAUCGCCAUACCGACGGAAUUCUUAGGCAAAUCGCAAUUGAGCAUGAGCGAGCAUCCGCCGAGCUAUCCAAUAUUCUGGAUGAUGAGGUCAAAAAGCUACGGGAGGCUCUUGAGUCACAGCUCCAGAGUGAGUUCAAUCGCCUUGCAUCAGAAAUGAAGGAUUUUGCGGAGAAAUUGGGCCGUGCGCGUCGCAGUCUUCCAGAGCCUGAAGAGAUUGACGCACAGUGCGAGGAGUUCGACUCCGAGCUCCAAAAAUGGAGGCAGCGCAUGAGUGACUCUCUAGUUCAAGCUGGCACCAAGGCUUUCCUUGAUGGUAACUUUCAGAGCUCAGGCGAAUGUUGCGCGGGAAAUCCAGCAGCAGGGAUGAUGACAGUUCAGACACCCGUUGCGCGAUCUUUAUAUCACUCCUGGGAAGAGGGAGUUACUGGGGAAGUAUUCGAGAUGCCUAUCACGAAGAAUGCCCCAGUUACCGGGUACGAGGAGCAAAUCACGAGAAUGUCCUGCGAGUGGGCAUUCCGUACCGACAACGGCUGA